GAACCACCUACCUCUGAUCCUACGUCGCGUCCGGUCUUGAAUCAUGGCCGAAAAGUCGAGCCUUGGUGACUGCCGGUAUAUAGGCCAGGCCGGGACCAAAAUGCAAAGCAACGGUGUAGCGCUUCAUUCUCACAUUGCCAGACAUCAAUUUCCUCUUCGUCUGUUUGCUACCAACUGUUAGUCGUCAUGCCAGAAUACAGUCUUCACCUUCUCGCCUUGAAGCCAGGGUACACCAUUCCCACAUUCCUCUCUACCAUUCACUCUAACUCCAUCACUCCGCUCGUUCAAGCCCAAGUGCUCCGAUGGAUCAUCCUCCCACAGAAACAGUCUACUGUCCCUCUUUUGGCCCACAACGUUCGAUGGGACCUCCUGCUCGUCGUUGAGCGGACUGUCGUCCUCCCCACCCAAGCUACUUCCCAAGUCACCGCUUCCUGGACCGCGGAGAUUAGCCUCCACCCCAACGACGUCAAAGACUACGCGACCAAGAAUGCAAAACUUCUUGAAGCAUCCAAACGCUCCCCUCCCCCAACCAGCGGCGAUUCAGAAAUGACCACCGAACUACGCGACUGGCUAUCGCACCGGCCCUCCGCCCAACAAACCCACCCCAUCAGCAUGCUCAACCUCCUGGCCUUCAACCCGGGCCGCCGCGAGCAGUACAGGCAGUACGGACAAGCGUUCGGCCAGGCCAUCACGCCCAAGCUCGGGAACAGCAGGAAAUUUAUGGGAAACGUGAUUGGGGGGCAGGGGCGCGAGGAAGGAUGGGAGGAAGUUCUAUUGGUGCAUAAUCAUAGUCUGGGACAUUUUGCGGCCAUGUCGGGGGAUCCGGAAUUUUUAGCGAUCAAUAAGAAGUUUAGGUUGGGGACGUUGAAGGAUACGGCGAUUUUAUGUGUUAUGGAUGUGGGAGGGGAUGGGAAGCCAUUGGGACAGUCCACGUCAAGGCUGUGAAGGGUCCAUUGAAAAUUAGGAACAUACUACUAACUAUGUACAUCCCAAUUCAACUUCCCUCCACGUC